GGCCACGUAAGCAAGAAACUAGUAGAUGUGGAUAGCAUGAGUGCAGUUCAUGGGUUAAAGCUUACCCAAUCUGUUUAUUGAUUUGAUUUGAGAAUGGUUUCUUUGAAUCUUUACACCUCCUCUCCAUUCUUACAAGGCUAUACUGGUCUACAUUGCGCGCAUCCGCUUAACUUUAAUGCUAGUUUAACUGAUCUAGUGUCUAGUUAUCCCAAUAGAAAAUUAUGCCUCAACUUCAAAGGUUUCAAUCGAGUAAGAGCCUCGUUGGAUUCUAGAGAAGGUGAACUUCUCCCUUAUAACAAUAACAAUGAAGCUCCAGGACUUGAUAACUUCAUUGGCAAAAAGCUCAACCAACCGCCUGGCAUUGCGCUACAAUCUGAUGCCAUUGGUUUUGGAACACUGUCCGCUGAAAUGGCCCCCACUUCGUUUGCUUUCUUUCCUAAUGAUGACGAGCAUGACCUUGACCGUCCUAUAGAAGGGUUUGCUUCCAUACCAGAGGCCAUUGAAGAUAUUCGUCAAGGCAAGUUAGUCAUUGUUGUCGAUGAUGAAGACAGAGAAAACGAGGGAGACUUGAUAAUGGCAGCAUCAAAGGCAACACCUGAAGCAAUGGCAUUUAUUGUCAAACAUGGAACUGGUAUUGUAUGUGUGAGUAUGAAAGGAGAAGAUUUGCAGAGGUUGGAACUUCCGUUAAUGGUUACGCAUAAGGAGAAUGAGGAAAAGCUUUGCACUGCAUUCACUGUUUCUGUGGAUGCAAAACACGGCACGACGACAGGCGUCUCGGCUCGUGACAGGGCAACAACAGUAUUGGCUCUUGCCUCUGCAGAGUCAAAACCUCAAGAUUUUAACCGCCCUGGUCAUAUUUUUCCACUUAAGUACAGGGAAGGGGGGGUUUUAAAAAGAGCUGGACAUACAGAAGCUUCUGUCGAUCUUGCAAUGUUGGCUGGGUUAGAGCCUGUUGCUGUUUUGUGUGAGAUUGUUGAUGAUGAUGGCUCUAUGGCUAGAUUACCAAGACUUCGCCAAUUCUCACAAGCAGAGAACUUGAAAAUCGUUUCGAUAGCUGAUCUUAUCAGAUAUAGGAGGAAAAGGGAUAAAUUAGUAGAGCUGGCUGCUGCUGCUCCAAUACCAACUAUGUGGGGACCAUUCAAAGCCUACUGUUACAGGUCAUUGUUGGAUGGCAUUGAACAUAUAGCAAUGGUUAAAGGUGAAAUUGGAGAUGGUGAAGAUAUUCUUGUGAGGGUACAUUCUGAAUGCCUCACCGGCGACAUAUUUGGAUCAGCUAGAUGUGAUUGCGGAAGUCAGCUAGCUCUUGCAAUGAAGCAAAUUGAGGAAGCUGGCAGGGGUGUAUUGGUGUACCUCAGAGGACAUGAAGGCAGAGGAAUCGGUUUAGGCCAUAAGCUUCGUGCUUACACUCUACAGGAUGAUGGACGGGACACAGUCGAAGCCAAUGAAGAGCUGGGUUUACCAGUAGAUUCUCGUGAAUAUGGCAUUGGUGCGCAGAUACUAAGAGAUGUGGGUGUCCAUACAAUGAGGUUGAUGACGAAUAAUCCUGCAAAAUAUGUCGGGCUCAAAGGUUAUGGUCUGGCCAUCGCAGGCAGAGUCCCAUUGUUGACACCCAUAACUACAGAAAACAUGAGAUAUUUGGAGACCAAACGUGAAAAGAUGGGACACGUUUACGAUUCAGAUUUUGAUGGCUACGUAAACGGUAUCACUGAUAAGAAUUCGACCAUUGACAGUCCAUCUGAUGGUUCACCUACAGCAUAACCACUGGCAAAAUGGUACCAUCUACCUGGCUUAAACUUCAACUAGGGCAUAGAAAUUUUAGCAUUCUUUUCUGUGAUGUCUUCACUAUUAGGAAAAAUAAAGUAAAAUUUCUCUCUUUAGAAAGGAGAGGCUAAAAUAGUUGAUCUUUUUGUCCAUUUUCUGUGGAAGUUGGUGAAAUCUUGAUUAUAUUUAUGAACUUUAUUACAAACUAUAGAGUGGAGCUGAGCACCAGAGUUUUCUGAAUGAGACCUUAUUGUUGGAUUAGGAGUACCGUUGUAAUAUAAUAGCAUUCAUAAUAAUAUUCAUUAUGGUCAGAUCA